AUGAAAUCCAGGAGUCAGGACCAGAGUUUGUCCGACUCCAGAGAGCUGGACAGAUCUUACGACCCCCUUACAGGUAACCCACAAUCCAAACCCAAUAAAAAGACCAUAAAGCAGCGGUUCCUCAAACUGCUCCCCUGCUGUCGCUCUGGCUCCAGCUCUUCAGUUAAUCAAAGCAAGCUUUUUCAUGCACACUCUGGUGUAUCUCAGGGAGUAACUAUUUCAGUCCUCCCUCCAUCCCUCCAUGCAGGAAGUAUAGCUGACGAGGCUGAAGUGUCGACAGUGUGUUACAGACCGGACGGGCUCGACCGCCUCAUCCAGCAGACCAACUUCAGCAAGAAGGAGCUGCAGGUCCUCUACCGGGGAUUCAAGAAUGAGUGUCCCAGUGGUGUGGUGAAUGAAGAGACUUUUAAAAGCAUCUACUCCCAGUUCUUUCCUCAGGGAGAUUCAAGUAUGUAUGCACAUUUCCUGUUUGAAGCUUUUGACACCCACAAUAAUGGAGCCGUCAACUUUGAGGACUUUGUUAUAAGUCUCUCCAUCAUCUUGAGAGGCUCCAUCAAUGAUAAACUCCACUGGGCCUUUAAUCUGUACGAUCUCAACAAAGACGGCUGCAUCACCAGAGAGGAGAUGACAGAUAUCAUGCACUCCAUCUAUGACAUGAUGGGGAAGUACACCCACCCCAGCAUGAAGGAUAAUGCUCCCAAGGAGCAUGUCGACAACUUCUUCCAGAAAAUGGACAAGAACAACGACGGAGUGGUCACCAUCGAGGAGUUCUUGGAGACAUGCCAAAAGGAUGAAAAUAUCAUGCAGUCCAUGCACAUGUUUGACAAUGUGAUCUAAGGCUCGGUGGACACAGAGAUUUUCCCUCCUGUCUGGAGCUCAUCCAUUGUUCUUCAGACCCCAACCAGAGUGGACCGUUUUUCUGGGCAGGUUUUAUUAACGUUUUGCAGUUUUGUGUGUGAGUGUAUAGGUCCAAAAAUUCCUAUACUACAGGAAGUCAUCAAAAAGUGGAUUCUGGGGUUUGAAGAGCAUCAUGAUAGAUUGAGCUGUGCAGGCCGAUUUGAACAAGCAUAUUUAUUGCUUAAUUAAUUAACAGAUGGCCCAGAAAACAACAGGAAACUGCCAUGGCCUGUUCACUUGUACAAAUGAUGACU